AUGGUGGUAUAAGUGGUAUUUUAGAGAAAUGUCGAGAGAAUACACUAAACCAGUAAGUAUCAAAGAUAGAGCAGCGAUAUUUUGCAAACCGGGAUGAGUGUCGUCGGCGUCCACCGUUUAGCUCCUCCUCUACUUCCGCUUUCUCUCCCUACUCCACCUCCACCUGCCUCCUUUAGCUUCAGCAUCGCCGCUAAUCCUAACCGCAAUCAAUCCCUACUCCACCACCGUCUCGUUACCUCCUUUAGUCAAAGUGCUUCCCAUAGACCAAAUGAUGAUGCUGAAGCUGACCCUUGUCUUGAUCAAGGAGAAACGUUGGAUAAGAAUGCGACACGCAGGAAGAACCCCUUCGUUUCAGAAGAGCUUCUCAUGAAAUUGAAGCGAUAUGGAUUAUCUGGAAUAUUGUCUUAUGGUUUACUUAAUACAGUCUAUUACAGCGCAGCUUUCCUCUUGGUGUGGUUUUAUGUCGCCCCAGCACCUGGAAAAAUGGGUUAUCUCGCUGCAGCUGAGAGAUUUGUUAAAGUGAUGGCCAUGGUCUGGGCUGGAAGCCAAGUUACUAAGCUCAUCAGAAUAGGAGGGGCAGUGGCACUUGCACCUAUUGUUGAUAGAGGACUGUCUUGGUUUACAGUUAAAUACAAGUUUGAAAGUCAGGGAAAAGCUUUUGGCGCAAUGGUUGGGAUAUGUCUUGGUCUGGCUUUGAUGCUGUUUCUCGUUGUGACACUGCUCUGGGCCUAGCACAGAGUAAUAGAUGCAUUUGGUGGUUCUUGCUUUUACAACAAUUUUGGUUUGGGUUACAACUUACAACAGUAUGUACUCGAGAGGCAUUGUGGACAUGAUCUGAUGAUCUGUUUUUUUUUUGUAAGAAUGAUACGAUUUUGUUAACUAAAAUAAUUAAGAAAAUAGUUCAAAUUUGUGAUCUCUUAGGACAA